UGGGGAGGGGGGGCGGCGCACUGGGGGUCACCGCGGUGUUUUGGUAGGUGCUCCAUGACCCCCGUCCGCCACACACGGCGUGAAGAUGAUCGGGUCUCCGGACCUGCUGGCCUUCACCGGGACCGAGGGGUUCGGGGAAGGAGAGGAGGACCGGGAGGGUCUACCGGAAGAGCUCUCCGUCCCCCGGUUACCGCCGUCCAACCCCUGGACCUCCGCCGCCCUGUUUCACAGAGACUUCAUACUGGUGGCGGAAUUCUCAGAGCAGGUGGGACCCAGACCCGUGCUGACGAUACCGGACGUCCCCGGGGUCAUCGGAUCGUUUGACCUCAACCACUUCUCCGUCCGCAUCAUGUCCGUGGACUACCAGGCGUCCGGCCCCUGCCAGGCGGCCCCCGGCCCCCGCCUCAACUUCAGCGAGGACUCCAAAGUGGUGCUGGGAGACUCGGCGGAGGACGCGUUCGCCUACGUCCACCACGUGACCCUGUACGACCUGGAGGCCCGGGGCCUGGUGCGUCCCUUCUGCAUGGCGUACGUGUGCUCGGACCAGGAGAAGCUGACGGAGAACUUCUGCGAGCUGUCGAGCGGCUUCGCCAAGGCCUCCGAGAGCCUGAAGACGGGGAACCGCCAGGCGUUUUCCGCCGAGCUGCAGAGGAGGCUGCAGGAGCUCGAGUACACACGGUCGACUCUGCUGCAGGAGGCAGAAGCUCCGAUGGCGCCCGGCGGCUUCGCGAAGGAGGGAGAAAAGGCAGACGAGCUGGACGCCGUGGAGCGUUCAAUCUCACAGCAUCAAGACCUCCUGCGCCAGGUCACUUCCUACCCAAACAGGAAGCUGAAACAGCCCGACUUCCUGCCUUACGACCCCGCCGACUCCCUCGCCGAUCCGGCUGCCUUGUUGGCCCCGGCGCGCUGCCCCCCCCCCUCCACCUCCACCUCCUUCUCCUCCUCCUGCAGGUCCGAGCGCCGCCUGAAGCCCCUGGAGGAGCUCUGCAACGACUACUUCCUGACGCUGAUGAAGGAGCAGCUCGCCGACGCGGAGCGCCGCCUGCGCGGCGACAAGAGCGUGCUGCGGAUCAACCGCGUCACGCGGGCGAUGGCCAGGAGGAUCACGCUCACCAACUUCCUGUUUGAGUUGUGGAGGCCGGAGGACGGAGACGAGGAGGAGGAGGAGGUGGAGGAGGGGAGAGAGAGCGCCGAGGCGGAGCUGCAGAGGGCGACGUCGAGGGAGAUGGUCGCGCUUCAAUCGGACCCGACGGGCCCGGAGUCCUUCUGCUCCUGCGUGGAGGAGAUCCCCAUCAUGCUGGAGGCGGGGCGAGCUGGGAGGGCGACCCCCGACCCCCCCAUUGCCCCGGAGAUGACGGGGAGCACGAGCAGCGGCGACAGCAUCGAAGUGCUCGGCACCGAGAGGUCCUACCAGACGCAGCGCGGCUCUGACAGCAGAGAAACCCCGGCCGGGUCGACGGACGCCGCUCACCGGCGAGCCGCGGCGGAUUCCGCCGUCCGGAGCGCGCGGACGUACGCCAGACGAGCCGACAGCGAGGACAGCAUCGAGGUGCUGAGCACCACCGAGAUCUUUCCCGACGACCUCACCGCCAUCACGGAGGAGGAGGCGGAGCCCCGGCCUCUGAGCAACGGCUCGGAGCGCAAGGAGGAGGCGGAGCGAGCGCGCGGGGCCGACGGCGUCCUCGGGGAGGAGGAGACGGCGGGCGCGGACACCUCGGCGAACGAGGCCGUCGAGGAGGACAGAGGAGACGAAGAAGCCGUUACAAUAAAGAAGGCGGAGGCCAUCGGAUGCUGGAAGAGCAAUGAAGGCCAAGAAGACGGACGUCCUGAGAAGACGUCCAAACUGCUGCAAGUGCCCGACCUUCACGUGCACUUCAGCGCCCCCGUUGCCGAGGCGGAGGCCGACCGCCCGCCUCCGCCCGGCGCUCCCCUCCGGCUGCUGAGCAUCGACGAGGGGUCCGACUGCGCCAGCGUCGCCGGCUCCCACGACCCGCCCUCUGACCCCCGCUCGGAUCAGAGGCGGAGGAGGAGGAGGAAGGCGGGACUCAGAGCCCUCCGGUUCCUCAAACAGAACUCCUUCUCCCAGCACGCCGUGUUCUGCCUCCUGAGCGGGCGGCCGCUGGUGGUCGCGGGCGGAGACGAGAGCGCGGUGAGGAAGCUGGUGGAGGCUCUGAGCCUCUUCCUGCCCGCCCCCGGGCCCGAUGGCGCCGCCGUGAUGCCGUGUCUGACCGCGCCGCUGCAGCUGAGCGACCUGCUCACCUGGAGGCUCAUAGGAAUACACAGGUCGCCCUCGGGCUCUUCGGCCGGCGCCCUCGGCUCUCUGACCCGCUACCUGGCGCUGUUGGACCUGGACCAGAGGACGCUGCUCGCUCCGUCGUACUCCGGCUGCCUCGUCGGCCGGCUGGCGGACCCCCGCGGCGGCAUCAGCCGCGGCGGCACCUACCUGCUCCACCUGGAGAGCUGCCUGACCGCGCUGGCCAACCGGGCUCUGCUGCACGCCUUCCGCCUGCCGUCGAGUGGCCCCGGCGCCGCCGAGGCGGGCGGGGUCUCGGAGCGGGACGUCCCGCCCGCGCCAGCGACUUGUAGCAGCGAGCACGAUUCGAGAGUGAUGCGUUUCCUGUGUGACCUCAUCACGCGGCGCCACGCGGGACGUGGACCGCCUGCUCUGAGUAUCUCCUACAACUCGGUGCACCUGCACAGAAAUACGCACGCGGCGUGAACUAUAAGAACCAUCGACCAUCCGUGACGACGCCUCGACCAGAGGCAAUGACGCGCGUCGCACGGAGGAACCGCGUUUACGUGUUUUUAUCAAUGAGGCACUUUUUGCUUUUUAUUGGAGUGUGUUUUUAAAAUGAAGGCUUAUAAUUGAGCAGCAAAACAACUGUUACUGACGUGAGAACACUGUUCAUUCAGCAAAGUGCUGCUUGUAGUUUGCAGAUCCUGGUGGUAAUACACGUUUUAUUAUUAACUGAUCUCUCAGGGAUCACGCCAGCUGGAGGAGGUCGUUGAAGCCUGUCAGCAGAGGUUUGAACAAUCUGGAGUUUUUUGAAGACUAAGACAUGAAAGAAGUUAAACUGUAGCUAAUAACAACUUCCUUCUGGUUAACGUUCAAUUUGAUUUGAUUGAUGCAAGUUUAACGCGUGUCUUUACUCUGGAUUCUUAAAUUGAGCAACAUGAGCAAUAAAAAACAUUUCAUAAAAAGUA